CUAGGUAAACUCAUCCGUUCCCUUUCUUUUCCUCCGUAAAUUUGUUGCCAUUUUAGAGAUUUGUCCAAGAUUUGGUGGAACCCUUGAUUUGCUUGAUUUACUUGAUUUAGGAUGUGUAGUCAUAGUGGUACUACCGUAGUGUUGUUCAUUAGUUCGCAAUAUAUGAUUCUUGUUAGUGAAACCCUAGAUUGUUUAUUUUUUUAGAUAUAUAUGAGAUGCCUAUUUUUGUAGAUAACUAUGAAAUGUUGAGUUCUGUAGAUAUAUAUUAGAUGUUUAUUUUUUUAGAUAUAUAUUAGAUGUUGAGUUUAUUUGAAAUAUGAGAUGUUGAGUUUAUUUGAGAUAUAUAUGAGAAUUUACAAUCAUUUAUUCAUUGUGUGAGAAGAAGAUGUUGAGAUUGUUGUAGUUGAACACAUAUGAGAUGUUUAGUGUAUACCGAUAUUUGAGAUGAAAAUGAACUCAUAUAUGUUUAUUGUUUGAACUUUGUAAGGAUGGUUUGGCUUCUCGACGAUGCCAUUGACACACAACACCGGGCCUACAUGAUGCGCGAGAAGGGGCUGGUAAUAAUGAGUAAUCUAAAUAUUUUGCAAAUUUGCCUUUGGUUGAAAUUGACAUGCCCUAAAAUUUGUCAUUACUUGUUUUUGCAGAAGCUUGAACCUCUGAAGAUUCGGUAUCACGGGGUCUCUGGUCCUGCCAUGCCCUACGAUGAGCGGUACACACCCUACGUCCAGCAGGCAGGACUCCUCCCGUGGAUUCAGUUGGCCAGCCCGUCCACGCCGAACCUCAACGCUCCACUGGUGACCUCUCUUGCUGAUCGGUGGAGGCCGGAGACGCACAGUUUCCAUCUUUGGACUGGGGAGAUGACCGCGACGCUCGAGGAUGCCGCCUUGAUCACCGGGCUUCCUAUCGACGGGAGGCCACUAUGUAUGAGCACCGAUUCCGAUGGGUGGCGCGAGCAGAUGAUUGCUCUUAUUGGUAUGGCUCCUACCGAGGCUAAGGUUGAUGUAGAGGAGGGAGAAGAGCAGAAGAAGAAGGAAAGGAACUUUGCGCUUUGCCCUGUGGAUGCCACUGAUGAUGUGAUACAGACACAUGCUCGUGUCUAUAUGUGGUACGUUGUCUCGAGGACUUUGUUUCCCGACUCCACAGGCAAGAACGCUCCAUGGAUGUGGCUGAAGGCGUUGACUGUCUUCGAUAGCGGAUGGAGCUGGGGUUCAGCCACUCUUGCUUACUUGUACCGAUAGGUAGUUGGUUUGUUUUGCUAUCAAGUCAUUUCUUCGUUAGCAAUGCAACCUUGCUGUCAAGUUAACAUUGUUUUCUUUCAUAUGCAGCUGGACGAUGCGUGUUGCAGGAUCACAGGUAGUGCAGGCAUUGGUGGUAAUAUGCUUCUGCUUUCUGUAUGGAGCUGGGAGCGUCUGCCUGUUGGACGCCCGAAGAGCGUCAAGUUUAAUCCUUGGGAUGAAGAUGGCGAAUUACGGCGCCCCACUUGGGCUUACAAGUGGGAUGUGGUAUCCGAGAUGACGAACGAUGUCAAUCUCAUGUACCAAAAGUACAUUGCCGAGUUGGACACGAUUACGCCUGAGCAGGUGGUAUGGCAGCCAUAUGGCGCCGAUGACAGACUUGGGUACACCGAGGAGUUUGCCAUCAACCCGAUGUGCUUGCGGGAUAGGGAUCUCUGGCUUAUGCGGUGCCCACUAAUAUGCAACUGGGCGGUUGAGUUUCAUUUGCCACAUCGUGUGUUUCGUCAGUUUGGUCUAUUCCAGCCUCACCAGCCGGAAUGGGUGGACACAGACAAAGCACUUCAUAGGUUGGAUAGGAGAAAGCAGCGGAAGAUAAAGGACUGGGACAAGCAUCAUGCAUCGUAUGGUACCCGGUUCAAUCUUUGUGUGGAGCAAGCUCGUAACAAUGCACGCGGCCAGCUUCGUGAGCAUAGCUCACUUGCUUUCGAUAACUACCUACAAUGGUUUCUUGAAAAUGUUCGAGUUGAGAUAUGCCCGCCGGCAUACAACGAUGAUAUUCUUGAAGAGCCUGUAAACUUUGAGGAUGUAUCGAAGUGGCAGUACAACAUAGAUGUCAGGGAAGGGCAAGGAGUCCCUGCUGUUCCGGUGAUUAACUAUGUGCGCAACCAGAUCAAGAAAGUAGCUGAUGAAAGCCAGUCUAUUCUGGAGAAGACACCGGUUGGAGAAGGCAAUGAUGAUGGUUCACUAUGAGCAUUCCUCAAGGUACAUAUCG